UGCGCCGGCGCAAUACUUGCAUAUCGGGGGCGGCGUUGGCGGCAGUAGCAGGCACCGGCCAGUAGGUGUUCGGGAGCUGUGCCAGAGGGUGGUUGCCGAUCGAUCGACGCACGGUACGCGCGAUCGAAAACAAAAGAAGAUGUCCGGUGUGUGAAGCCGCCACUCCCGCGCCGCCGGAAGGACGAAUGUGUGUAUUAGGUGUGAUAUUUGAAGGUGCGCACGCAACCGACUCGCGAUGGCCGCUGAACACAAGGACCACAUCUACAGACAAGUUCUGCCCGUACCUAUGUACCACAGCGACUUCAACAUCUGGUCCGUUUUGAAGAAUUGCAUCGGCAAGGAGUUGAGCAAGAUCACCAUGCCAGUUGUUUUCAAUGAACCCUUGAGCUUCCUUCAACGCAUGGCUGAGUACAUGGAGUAUGCGUAUUUGCUGAGAUUGGCGGCACAGCAGGAGGAUCCAGUUGCACGCAUGCAAUAUGUUGCAGGUUUUGCUGUCAGUGCCCUCGCAGCUAACUGGGAGCGCCUCGGCAAACCGUUCAACCCACUCCUGGGCGAAACCUAUGAACUAGAACGCCCGGAAUUCAAGAUCAUCUGCGAGCAGGUCAGCCAUCAUCCGCCAGUGUCCGCCUUUCACGCCGAAAGCGCCGAUUGGGUCUUCCAUGGAUCAAUCCACCCCAAACUGAAGUUCUGGGGCAAGAGUGUGGAGAUUUCUCCGAAGGGCACUGUCACCGUAGAAUUUCCUAAAUUGAAUGAAUCCUACACGUGGACGAAUGUCCUCUGCUGUGUACAUAACAUCAUCGUCGGUAAACUCUGGAUGGAACAAUAUGGCAACAUGGAGAUCAUAAAUCACUCUACCGGACACCGCGCUAACCUCACUUUCAAGCCGGCCGGUAACAACUCCAAGGACCUGCAUCAUGUUGAAGGCUUUAUCAGCGAUCGUAACAAACGCAAAUUACACUUCCUCUACGGCAAAUGGACGGAUUUCAUCAAAUGCGUCGACUACGCUUCCUACGAAGAAUACACCGCGAAAGAUAGAAAGGGUUGUGAGGGAGCACGAAGCAAGAGUCCUAAUGAUUCACCCUCGCAUGCACCACGCAGGGUUAUGCAGAGGUUCAACAGUCUUAAAGUAGGACCGUUUAAAUCCAACUCCGUACAACAAGAGAGUAUUGACGAAGCAAACCCACCAGAUAUAGGUGAUGGUGACAUCCCCAAAAGCAACUCAACAUAUUCUUUUGACGUGCCCAACUCAAUUGAGAUCUGGAGAGUUAAUCCAAGGCCAAUACAAAGUGCUGAUUAUUAUCAAUUCACGGACUUUGCAAUGUCUCUAAACGAGCUGGAGCCAGGAAUGACUGAUUACCUCUGCAAGACAGACUCUCGCUUCCGACCGGAUAUCCGUAAACUAGAACAAGGCGACAUAGAUGGCGCUGCGAUUGAAAAAACGCGCCUGGAAGAAAAACAACGCGACGCUAGCAAAUGCCGCAAGAGCAAGAAGAACACUGAUUAUGCAUCGCGUUGGUUCCAACAAGCUGUCAAUCCGGCAACCAAGCAGGACGACUGGAUCUACACCGGAGGUUAUUGGGACAGGCAAUAUCAGGACGAAGAGGACAUUUUCUAACGCGGGCGCACGACUAUCGCGCAUACUUUUUGUCAAUAUACACACAACCACACACCCAAUACAAAUAAAUAACUACAACAGUAUAUUGUACAGUAUAUUGUACAAUUAUUUAUCAAUCAAAUCACCACUGAGAAGACACGACACGCAGAUGAUAAGUUGAUAAGCUUGAAUCGAAUCUUAGAGCAAUAAUCAUAGAAUGCGUGAGGAAUAUGUGUGUAGGCCUCUAGGGGUUAGGAAAAAACAUAACCUAUGAAUGUGUGCCAAGACACGCACAUGUAUGCAACACAAACUAGAAAAAGCAGUAUUUUGAGGUUAUAAGAUGAAUAUCAUUCCCUCCCUCCAUUGUUUUACAACCAGAAAAGUUAAAAAAGUUAAACUUUGCUCGUAUAAUUUUGUGCUGUGAAUUAUAACAAGUACAAGUACAAGAAAUGUACAACAAAAAGCAUAGAAAUCAUCUAACAUAAGUUAUUAGAUAUUUAGACACAGAUUAAUCUAUUGAAUCUAUUGCAGAAGCAUGUUAUAAGUAAAUCUAAGUAAAAAUCAAAGAAAUUUAACGAGAACUAUGUACUAUACUGAUAAAUCCUACGUAAAGCUGUCUGAUUUAACCUAGAACUCACUCUACUAGGCCAUGAAAUGAGGUUAGGAAACUAGUGGAAAGUAAUUCGCUAUUUUUUAAAAUGUAACGCAUUCGGGAAAUGCAAUCUUGUGACAAUGAAUUUAUCUUUCAGUCGUUUACACCUAUAUUGAGGCUCAUGCCGCUUAUGAUAAUUAACAGUCAAUAUUGAUGGGGAUCAGUAACAAGAGUAACAAUGUAACAAUGUAAAAACUAGCGCUGCUUAGUUGCAGAUAGCUAAAAUACUUAAAUUGUACACUAACAGAUUAAAAAUUACACGUUUAGUUAGUUUUAGUUGAAAUUGUAUGAAUAUGUACAUAAUCGUUGUGCUUCAGAUGCUCUAUGUGUAAUAAACAGAUAAUUAAUUGAUUAGAAACAA